AUGGAGGCGGGCGUGGGGUUGGCGCUGCAGUCGAGGGCCGCGGGGUUCGGCUCCGGCCGCCGCCGGAGCGCGACGUACGGCGGCGAGAGCGGGGCUCGGACGGUGAGCUUGCGUGCCAGUGAUCAGGUGGGGUCGCCGGCCGCCGUGCGGGCGCGCGUGGCCAAGCCCGUCGUCCCGCUCCGCGCCAAGAAAUCGUCCGGGGGAGGUCAUGAGAAUUUGCAUAACUCCGUUGACGAUGCCCUCUUGUUGAAGAGAAAAUCAGAAGAGGUUCUUUUCCAGUUGAAUGGUCGGUGCAUCUACCUAGUUGGAAUGAUGGGUUCGGGGAAAAGCACGGUCGGCAAGAUCUUGGCUGAAGUUUUGGGUUAUUCAUUCUUUGACAGUGAUAAAUUGGUCGAACAAGCUGUUGGCAUGCCUUCAGUUGCUCAAAUUUUCAAGGUUCACAGUGAAGCCUUCUUCAGGGAUAAUGAGAGUAGUGUCUUGAGGGAUUUGUCCUCAAUGCGGCGAUUAGUUGUUGCUACUGGAGGUGGUGCUGUUAUCCGACCAGUUAACUGGAAAAAUAUGAAGAAAGGACUAUCUGUUUGGUUGGAUGUGCCCUUGGAGGCUCUUGCAAGGCGUAUUGCUAAAGUGGGGACUGCCUCGCGUCCUCUUCUAGAUCAACCAUCCGGCGACCCAUACACAAUGGCUUUCUCGAAACUCAGCACGCUCGCGGAGCAAAGGGGCGACGCUUAUGCAAAUGCUGAUGUCAGAGUUUCUCUCGAAGAGAUCGCAUCGAAGCUGGGCCAUGACGACGUCUCUAAGCUGACGCCGAUUGAUAUUGCUCUGGAGUCGCUCCACAAGAUCGAGAGCUUUGUCGUCGAAGACACCGCCGUCGCCGACCCACAAACGGAAUCGCAAGCUCAAAGGAUACAUACCUUGUAG